AAUACUCGCAUCCCAGCCUUUCUUUUUCAGCCCACUCCGCCUCAGUCCAACAAAUUGGAUUGGGCUUCCCAUCAUGGCCUGGGCGGCUGGGCCUGCUCCCUGCUUGUUGCCGUCUGCUGCAUCUGGUGGGCUGGUGGCCUCUUCAGACUUCAGCAACUCGACCCACAGUCGUCUGCGACCUAACCCUAGCGCAUGCCGCCUAGCGGCCUAUCCAAUUAACGAAAUCGCGGCAAAGGGAAAGGGAAGGGGAAUUGGGGAAUGAAAGGAAGAAUCGCGGCAAAGGGAAAGGGAAGGGGAACUGUCCGACGCACUUGCACCGAAUGUCGAUUGGAUUUCCUCCUCCACUGCUCGAGCACGGCGACGUCGACGACCCGACCUGAGAGAGGCUACUUCGUCUUCCUCUCGACUCGAAUCUCACCCUCGCUGCUCGCCACCAGGCACCGGUCUCUAGCUCUCCGCCUCCCGCAAUCCCACCCAGUGACCCAGACCAAGGCAAGCACCCGCCGGCCGCUGAGUCUCCUCCGGCCGCCACUGAAUCCUCCGCCGAUGUACAAGUUCCCGUUUUAAUUCAUUGUAUUUGAUAGACAUGUGAAAUGGCAGGUGGAAAAGUAUAAAAAAAUUGCAACAGU